AUGGUGCAAGUGCCGCAUGUUUGCGGUUUGUGUCUGCUGUUUCGGGUUUGGCAGCUGCUGGCCUUGGCAGCGAACUGCCAUCGCUGGAUGACCUUGAGUGCGGUUUUCCGGUGGCUCCUCCUGACGGCCGUGGCACCUUUAAUCUUGUGGAAGAGUGCCUCUUUAUACGAUGCCACCAACGUCCGGCACUCGGAGAUCUUCAAGGGCAUAGCUCUGGGCACCAUGGCCGGGGAUGUCGGUGUAUCCAUGGCCCUCCUUGGUCUCAGCAUCUGGAAUCGCAGGAAGCUGGCUGACUUGAUGAACGGCUUGAAUCGCCUUCACCGUCGCCGGAAGUUGAGCUGGUGGAGCACCUGGAUGCUGUGGAUUAAGAUUCUCCUGAGUCUCUACGAGCUGCUCUGCAAUGUGCCCUUUCUCCAAAGGGCCGGAGGUCACCUGCCCUGGUCACAGCUCCUCGCUUAUGGUGUCCAGCUCUACGUCCAGCACGUGAGCAGUGUCUUUGCAAAUGGAAUAUUCGGUGGCCUGCUCCUCCUCCUCGCCAGUUUGGAUCAAUUGGAAAGGAAAAACCUUGGUGUGGUUCAACUUCUGGAGGAAGAACGAAACCACCUUAGAUUAGCCCUAAAAUUCAUUAAAGCUUCGGAGUGGGGUAUUUUUCUCCUUGUGAUUGGAAACUUUGUCAACAUUCUGGCCAACAUGUACGCCUACAUGUCCUACUUUGUACAGGAGCAUGGCAUUCCCCUGACCAUUUCCAAUUACUGUCUAAUUGUGACGGUUCAACUGUACGCCCUCGUUUUGGCCGCCCACCUCUGUCAGGUGCGACACAGCCGCCUCCAGCAGCGCUGCCUGGAGCAGGCAUAUCUGCCGGAGGAACUGUCACCGAAUCAGGCCAAGAAUCUCACACCAUUUCCCCUGGUAUCGCCGGUGGGCCAUCUCAAAUUCGGGAUUCUCGGACUGUUCACGUUGGACAACUCUUUCUGGCUCUUUCUCGUAUCUUAUGGCAUGAAUUUUAUUGUCAUUAUUCUGCAGUUUAGCCUGGAAAACAUGAAGCGAACCAAGUUCUAG